ACAACUCAACUCUCAGAUCAAGUUUGAGAAGAAACAAUGAAGAACAACUCUUCAGCGAAGACCAAUAUUGUGAUGCUACCGUUCAUGGCUCGAGGUCACCUCAUUCCUUUCUUAGCACUCGCAAAGCAAAUCGAGCAACGAACACAUUUCACCAUCACCAUCACCAUCGUAUCCACUCCUCUCAACAUCCAACAACUCAAAUCCACAGCCUCUCCUGCAACCACCACUAUCAGCUUCGCAGAGCUUCCCUUCUGCAGCUCCGACCAUGGCCUCCCACCCAACUCCGAAAAUACAGACUCUCUACCCUUCUCUCACAUCAUCAUCCUCCUCCAAGCCUCACAGACCCUCCAACCUUCUUUCCACUCUCUCAUCUCCAGCAUGUUCCAACAAGAAGGCCGCCCACCUCUCUGUAUCAUCUCUGAUGUCUUCAUGGGUUGGGCUGUAAACGUUGCCAGAAGCUUCCAUACACCUCAUUUUAUUUUCACUACCUGCGGAGCUUUCGGAAGCGCCGCCUAUUUCUCUUUAUGGUUAAACCUCCCUCACCGCAACACCACCUCUGAUGAAUUCUCUGUCCCGGGCUUCCCUGAAACUUGCAGGUUUCAUCGAUCACAGCUUAGUCCGAACCUGAGAGACGCAGAUGGUACUGAUCUCAUGUCUAGAUUAAACCAGAAACUGAUUUCACUUUCUUUGGGUUCUAAUGGGAUGCUCUGUAACACCGUCGAAGAGAUUGAACCUAUGGGGCUUGAUCUAUUAAGAAAGAACACUGGACUCCCUGUUUGGACUAUUGGGCCUCUCCUUCCUCUAUCACUGCUCAAUCCUUCUUCUUCUUCGUCUCCUUUAAAUGUGUCCUUCUCACGCUCAGGAAGGGAACCAGGAAUCACCGCGGACAACUGCGUCAAUUGGUUGAAUACCCAUCCACCAAAUUCGAUUCUCUACAUCUCAUUUGGGUCUCAGAACACAAUCAGCUCUACCCAAAUGAUGGAACUUGCAAUGGGUUUGGAGUUUAGUGGGAAGCCGUUCAUCUGGGUCGUGAGGCCUCCGAUUGGGUUCGACAUUAAUGCUGAGUUCAGAGCAGAGUGGUUGCCAAAAGGGUUCGAAGAGCGAGUGAGAGAGAGAAAGCAAGGUAUGGUGGUGCAUAGAUGGGCGCCUCAGUUGGAGAUUUUGUCACAUGGAUCGACAGGAGCUUUUCUGAGUCACUGUGGUUGGAAUUCGGUAUUGGAGAGCUUGAGCCAAGGGGUGCCCAUGAUAGGGUGGCCAAUAGCAGGGGAACAAACUUUUAAUUCGAAGAUGAUGGAAGAGGAGAUGGGGGUGAGUGUAGAGCUGACAAGAGGAGUGGAGAGUUGGGUUGGGAGGGAAGAGGUGGAGAGGGUUGUUAAGAUGGUGAUGAGUAAUGACGGAAAAGGGGAGGAGAUGAAGAGGAAAGCUAUGGAGAUUGCAGAGAAGAUAAGGGAUUCUGUGAGAGAAGAUGGAGAUCAGAAGGGUUCUUCUCUCAAGGCACUUGAAGGUUUUCUUGCGAUUGUUGUAUUGAGUUGAGAGAGAUUAACCGAUUGAGAUCUU